AUGCCGUCACCGUCGAGCCAGAACGGUAAGCGCAAGCGAGACGUCGCCGCCGCAAAGGCGCUCGACGGCGCCCGAGAGACGGUGCGCGAUGGCUCCGAGGACCGCGACACGGACGAUUCGGCCGCGUCGUCGACGAACCGUCCACGCGCCUCCAACGGCGCCGGCCCGAAUCCUAAGCGACAGCGGGCCAACUCGGGACGGCCGACCGAUGCCGGCGAGCCCUGCGACGCGAACGAGCGCGUCGGCCGCAGCAAGGGACGCAGGUCCUCGGUGGCCGACGUCGACGAGACGGAGAGCAUGGAGCCGCCGCCCAUCGGCAAGCUCACGGACCCGGCCGGAGGCUUCACGACGAACCCGCCUCCCGUCGGCCGCGCCGUCCGCGUCUACGCCGACGGCGUCUUCGAUCUCUUCCAUCUGGGGUCCGUCCAUCGUCCGCCCCUCGUCCCCGUCGGCGGAACCGACGACGCUGACCUCUUUCUCCGCAGCCACAUGCGUCAGCUCGAGCAAGCCAAGAAGGCCUUCCCGAACACGACGCUGGUCGUCGGCGUCACCGGCGACAACGAGACGCACAAGCGAAAGGGCCUGACCGUCAUGUCCGCCAAGGAGCGCGCCGAGACGGUCCGCCACUGUCGGUGGGUCGACGAGGUCAUCGAGGACUGCCCCUGGGUCGUCACGCCCGACUUCCUCGACGCGAACCGGCUCGACUACGUCGCCCACGACGACCUCCCGUACGGAGCCGACGAGGGCGACGACAUCUACCAACCGAUCAAGGAGACGGGCAAGUUCCUCGUCACCCAGCGAACCGAGGGUGUCAGCACGACGGGCAUCAUCACCAGGAUCGUCCGCGACUACGAAAAGUACAUUGCGCGCCAGUUCAAGCGCGGAACGUCGCGGCAGGAGCUCAACGUCAGCUGGCUCAAGAAGAACGAGAUGGACCUGAAGCGUCACGUCCAGGACCUACGAGACAACAUCAUCACCAACUGGACGAGCACCGGCCAGGAGCUGAGCAGGGAACUCAAGCAAUUCUGGCCCGCGAGCCGGCCCGCGAGCCCGGCCCGCUUCAACUCACAGGGCAGUGAUCUGGCGAGGUCGCCCACCGCCGGACCCGGCAACUCCAAGGACUUUGUCACCGGCUACACCCUCGGUCUCGUCGGUGGCGUGCGUUCAUGGAUGACCAAGAACCGGCGGACCGUCGCGAGCAGCAGUCGGGUUCCCAGCGAUGACGACGAGUCCGACGAGAGCGGCUCGGGCGGCGCCCCCACCGUUCCGGCCGAUGUGCGCCGAAAGUCGAUGCCCAACCUCGUCGCGCCGAAGCCGACGAAGGCAUGA